UGAGGGGGUAGGGGGGGGCCUUUACUGCUCUCUCGCCCCCGCCCCCGGGAUCGAGAACUCUGUUGGCGUGGAAAAUAACUAACGGGCGCUGGAGGGGGAUGGGCGGGCCCUGCAGAGCACGUGGGAGGGUCUCCAGUGUCACCUACUUCCUGCCGCACACACGCGAGGGGACCCUGGGUGGGCAAAAACGUGGUUUCCCGGACUGGGUUGAAGGGGAGAAAGGGAGAGGUCGGGCUUGGGGGGCUGCCUCCCGCGGCUCAGCAGUUCCUCUGACCAUCCGAGGACCAUGCGGCCAACGGGUCAUCACGUCGCGCAUCGUGGGUGGAGAGGACGCCGAACUCGGGCGUUGGCCGUGGCAGGGGAGCCUGCGCCUGUGGGAUUCCCACGUGUGCGGAGCGAGCCUGCUCAGCCACCGCUGGGCACUCACGGCGGCGCACUGCUUUGAAAUUGACCUUAGUGAUCCCUCCGGGUGGAUGGUCCAGUUUGGCCAGCUGACUUCCAUGCCAUCCUUCUGGAGCCUGCAGGCCUACUACACCCGUUACUUCGUGUCGAAUAUCUAUCUGAGCCCUCACUACCUGGGGAAUUCACCCUAUGACAUUGCCUUGGUGAAGCUGUCUGCACCUGUCACCUACAGUAAAUACAUCCAGCCCAUCUGUCUCCAGGCCUCCACAUUUGAGUUUGAGAACCGGACAGACUGCUGGGUGACUGGCUGGGGGUACAUCAAAGAGGAUGAGGCACUGCCAUCUCCCCACACCCUCCAGGAAGUUCAGGUUGCCAUCAUAAACAACUCUAUGUGCAACCACCUCUUCCUCAAGUACAGUUUCCGCAAGGACAUCUUUGGAGACAUGGUUUGUGCUGGCAAUGCCCAAGGCGGGAAGGAUGCCUGCUUCGGUGACUCAGGUGGACCCUUGGCCUGUAACAAGAAUGGACUGUGGUAUCAGAUUGGAGUCGUGAGCUGGGGAGUGGGCUGUGGUCGGCCCAAUCGGCCCGGUGUCUACACCAAUAUCAGCCACCACUUUGAGUGGAUCCAGAAGCUGAUGGCCCAGAGUGGCAUGUCCCAGCCAGACCCCUCCUGGCCGCUACUCUUAUUCCCUCUUCUCUGGGCUCUCCCACUCCUGGGGCCGGUCUGAGCCUACCUGAGCCCAUGCAGCCUGGGGCCACUGCCAAGUCAGGCCCUGGUUCUCUUCUGUCUUGUUUGGUAAUAAACACAUUCCAGUUGAUGCCUUGCAGGGCAUUCUUCAAAA